AUGCAGACUACUGCCGAUCGUAUGGAUGAGCGUACAGUUCUGGCCGAAGUAUCAGCCGUCAAGUUUGGAAAUGGCACAAAAAGUGUUUACCGCUUUUCUUCACAUGCCCCUCCACCCCAGAACCUUCAAGAUAUCAGGUUGGAAUUUUAUAUCUUCGAUUUGAAUGGGAAAAUCCUUGGACUUAUAUAG